AGUAUGCAGUGGUCUUGCUCAUGUUGGUAUUAUCGCUAGUGAUCGGAGUGUACUUCACAUUUUGGUCUCGCCAGGACAACUACACUGACUACAUGCUCGGUGGAAGGUCAAUGGGGGUGUUUCCUGUAGCCAUGUCUCAAGUGGCAAGCCACAUAUCUGGGAUCGCCAUAGUUGGCACACCUGCAGAGACUUACUCCUACGGGUCCCUCUUCGCUGUGGGGAUGAUCGCUGAUUUGAUAGUUCCAUUCAUCAACAUCGCCCUGUUCUUGCCGAUAUUCUACAAUCUGCAGCUCAAGUCGCUGUUUGAGUAUCUUGAACUUCGCUUCAGCCACAGUGUACGGGUGCUUGGGUCCCUCAUAUUCACUAUAUCACAGAUUGUGUACCUGCCGGCAAUAAUAUACGUCCCAGCUUUAAUUUUCAAUCAAGUUUCAGGGAUGCCAGUUCAAGCAGUCGCCCCCAUUAUAUGUGCAAUCUGCAUCUUCUAUACAACCUUUGGUGGACUAAAGGCUGUACUCUGGACAGACGCAUUCCAGAAUCUCUUCUCCCUCAUUGCCGUCCUCUGUGUCAUGUUCCUGGGCGUCUACUGUGUAGGAGGCGUCGCAGAGAUCCAUCGGAUCAACCUGGAAGGAGGCAGAGAGGAAUUCUUCAUCAUGGAGCUCUCCCCUUUUGUAAGAAGUUCGUUCUGGACAAUUCUCAUAGGCAACACGAUGAAUUGGAUGUGUAACUUGGCAGUUCAUCCUGGAGCGGUGCAAAGGUGUCUCUCGGUGCCUACACUCAGCAAAGCCAAGAGAGUAUUGCUGUGGACGUCGUUUGGAGUAUUCUUCGUACACGGGUUGACAGUAUACUUGGGGAUGAUUUUGUACGCCAGAUACUACGGCUGUGACCCAAUUGCUACUGGGGAAGUCAAGAAGACUGGCCAGCUGGUCCCAUUGUUUGUGAUGGAGGUGACCAAAGGAUAUCCUGGGCUUGCAGGACUGUUUGUCUCUGGUGUUCUCAGUGCUGCAUUGAGUUCAAUGUCUUCUUCUCUCAACACCAUGGCUGGCUCCAUUUACGAAGACUUGGUGGAGUUUUGCUUCAGAGGCCACAAGCUAUCAGAUGUCACACAGUCUUACAUGAUGAAAUGUAUUUCUCUCCUGCUCGGUGUUCUAUGUACCUCUUUGGUCCUUCUAGUCGAAAAGACAGACAGUAUCUUUCAGCUGUCAAUGAGUCUUGGUGGCAUUACAGGAGGAGCAUUGUUUACUUUAUUCUUUCUAGGAAUCUUCGUUCCAAAAGCAAAUUCUAAGGGUGCGAUGGUAGGUGCUAUAACAAGUCUGGUAACGAUGACGUGGAUAAUAGGAAAUGCCUACUUUUAUAUAACCACAGGCCAACUGAAGCAUCGAGCGAAAAUUACUCGCAUAGAUAUGUGUCCCGAUAACUUCACGUCUCCUGAAGUACUUUCAAGACUUGAAACGUAUCAAGGACCUGGAUGCCCUGUAGUCGCAGAAGGAGUUCCGCUGAUCUACCAAGUCUCCCAUAUGUACUACAAUCUCAUCGGAACAGUGGUGGGUGUAUCUGUCGGCCUUGUGGUAUCCUUGCUCACCCAAACACCCGAGUCACCCUCCACCCAGGACACCCAGACACCCAAGUUCACCCAUGACAGGCGACUGUUCUCGCCUCUGGUACACAGGUGGCUUCCACCACCAACAGUCACGGUAGCUGAGGAGUUCACACUCAUCAACUACCCUGAAGUCAACACAAAAGUAGUUGACGAUGAAAUACCUCCGAAAUGUGAUAUCGAUAAGCCAGAGUGAGAUGUGUGGAAAUAAAUCCU